AAACACUUUAAAAGAAACUACAAAGCUUGCUUAAACUGUAGAACAAGAAAGGUCAAAUGCGACUUGGGCUCUUUAGAUGCUCCCCAUGAUCCUCCCUGUGCAAGAUGCAAAAGAGAAAGAAGAGAGUGUGUCUUUGCUGAGUCCAGAAGAGGUGGCUCUAAUAUAGCAAACUUCAAAAAGAGAAGGAAAAUUAGAGACACCAAACUAAACAUUCACCAUUUCUCAAAAGAUCAAAACUGGCCCCCGAACCCAGAUAUCCCCAUAGAGAAUCACUUAACCAACAGCAAAAACACAAACCAAACAAAUAACAUCCCUCACCAAACUCCUGCGCAUUACUCUUCUUUCUAUCAAAACAAUAAACAUGGCUCCUCUGAAUUAUCAACUAUGCAGGGUGCCUUAAUCUUUCUAGCUAAAGCUGCCGGAACAAUUGCAAGAGCAGAUGAAAGAGAUAGAAUUGAUGGAAGAGCAAAACAUGACAGUUUUGGCUCAAAUCAAAUCAGCAUUUCAAACUCAAAUUCAACCUCAAGUGUCAAUUUGGAUAAUCAGCCUCAUGCUCAAAUUCAAAAUAUAAACCAAAAUCAACUGAAUAGCCCAUAUUAUGCCAAUAAUCCUAAUCAUCAAAACACCUCUGAUGACAGUUCAAUUGAUUCAGAGAAAGUUACUAACAACUCAAAGGAAAUUUUAAAUUUUCCUUACACUUCAAAUAUUCCUCCCUUGAUACGACCUUCAAAUUCAAACACUCCCUCAAGAUUAGAAAUGCCACCAAUUGACAGCACUAACAGAGUUCGUCUCAAGCCUUCAGCAAAUUUAUCUGAUUUUGAAUUUAUUGGCUCAACUAAAAACGAUCUAAUCACUGAAAAGGAAGCCAGAUUUCUUGUAGAAUUAUAUUUUAUCAAUAUGCAUCCAUUUUUCCCUUAUAUUCCUCCAGAAUUGAGAUCUGCAAAUAUAUUGCCGAAUUAUCCCAUCCUACUAUAUGCAAUCUUAACUAUUUCAGCACGAUAUCAUCCUUUCGAAGAUGAACUCAUCAACGAAAAUAAUAAUACAAAAUUCACUGAAAACGAUACUGAUACUGCUAAUAAUAAAAAUAAAAAUAAAAAUAAAACUAAUAAUAAUAAUAAUAAUAAUAAUAAUAAUAAUAAUAAUAAUAAUGAUAAUAAUAAUAAUGAUAAUAAUAAUAAUAAUAAUAAUAAUAAUGAUAAUAAUAAUAAUAAUAAUUCUAUCCAUGAAAGACUAUGGGUUCAUUGUCAAAGAUUGAUUUCACAAACAGUUUGGGCUGAGGCAUCCACCAGAUCUGUUGGAACUGUAUUGGCAUUUUUGCUAUUUACCGAAUGGAAUCCAAGAGCUAUUCAUUGGAGAUGGUGUGAUUAUGCCAACAAACCCGAAGACAUUAAUGAUGAUAUAAAUGAUACAAAUGGUAACAACUUAUCUAAAACUAACGAAGAAUCUUUAGCUGGCUUGGGUGCAAUGAGAAGAAGCAGUCGGAUGGCUUGGAUGCUUGUUGGAAGUGCCAUUAGAUUAGCACAAGAUAUGGGCUUUAUGGAAACUAGUUCAAGAAUUUUUGUUGCAACUCAUAUUUCAGAGACUACUACAACCAUGAAUUUGGGUCAAAGAAGUAUGUUAUCACAAUCCCUAGCCGAAUCUAACUUUAAUGAAGAUGAAGAUGAUAAUCUAUUUGAUAACUUUUAUGAUUCAGAUCAGAAAGAAAAUUGUUUGGUUUUGAAUGGUGAUGAGGAGACUUUAAGAUCAAGAAUACACGCUCCAUUGAAAUUCACCACAUAUCAAAGAGCUAAUGUUGAAUUAUUAAAAAUUAUGUCUUUGGGUUAUGAAUCACUUUAUUCUUCAAAAUCACUUGAAACUUUAAAUCAAAGACAAAAUCUUGCAAUUUUAGGCAUUCUUUCACCCUUGUUAGAAAAUUGGGGAGCAAAAUAUAAAAAAUUAUUAAUUCCAUCCAAUCCUAAAAAUUUUCAUCAUCACAAUUCUAAUCAUAAAUAUAGCUCAUCCACUGCUAUUCAUUUAAGUAAAAGACAACAAAAAGAUCUAAGCGUUGCAAUUGAUCAUGAAUCUUUAAGAUUUGACUAUUAUUAUUGUCAAUUAUACAUUUAUUCAUUGGCUAUCAAUACCAACGAUCAAAUUACAAGUGCGAGUAAUUCCAAAAAGAAAAAUUUAAGAUUAGAUGAAUUAUCCAAAGCAGCAAAAUAUGUCGAGCUAGCAUUCAAUGCUGCAAAGGAAGUAUUGGCAUCAACGACCAGAAUUCAUAAAAUAAAAAUGCUCAAAUUUAUGCCGGUAAGAUGGUCUACAAGAAUUGUUAGAUCUGUUGCUUUCGUGGUUAAAUGCUAUAUGAAAUUAAUUAAUACUGCUAAUGUUAGCUCUAUCGAUCCUGCAUCUAGCACUAUUAUUGCUUUAUCUGUAAUUCCAACUGAUGAUAUUAUUCAAACUGUGCAAAGAGCUGCUAUAAUUCUUAGAGAAGCUUCACCAGAUGAAUUACAUCUUUGUACCAGGUAUUCCACUAUUCUUAUGUAUCUUUGUUCUGAGAUGAAGACAAGGUCUAAAGUGAAUAUUUCUAAUGUCAAUGAAAAUGAUAAACUUGAUAACACAGAUCCAAAUUUUGAAAACAGUAAUCCAAAUGCAAUUGAUCUGGCUGAGAUCAAACGAACAGAAAAUAUUAGUGUUUCUCAAUACCAGAAUAAUUCUACAAACUUAAAUCCAAACCAAUCUACAAAUUUGGAAGAUCAAAAUAGAAUUAAUUAUCUUUCUGAAAAUGAUUUUUUUCCUACACAGUUUCCCGACAAUAUAUUGGACUGGUUUAUGAAAGACACUGCAAGUGUGGGUUUAGAUUUUGUUGAACCAUGGACAGAAAUGAUAGAACAGCAG